AAUAAAAAUCUCUUUAUUCAUAUUCCCCUUUUGUGCAGUGGAGUUUGCAGAAAACUUAAGAAUCUGACAAGAAGGCAACUUCUCAAAAUCAUUCUCUCUCUCCCUCUAUAUUACUUUUCUUUCUUCAUCUUUUUAUUAAAUUUAUUUUCUGUUUAGUUUAUUGUUGAAGAUCCUUCAUACAUUCUUCAUAUAUUUGUCAGAGUUCCAUCAUCAGUACUAUCUGCAGGUGCUGAAAUCUAUGGCGAUGUACUAUCAAGGGAGCUCAGAAAUCCAAGCUGAUGGUCUGCAGACACUUUAUCUGAUGAACCCUAACUAUAUAGGCUAUACUGACACUCAACAGCAACAGCAGCAACAACAACAACAUCUUCAACAAGCAAAUAUGUUCUUCUUGAAUUCCGGAAACGCGGGGAAUUUGCCCCACGGGCAACUUCCUUCGCAAGCCCACACGCAACACUUCGUGGGCGUUCCCCUUCAGACAAGUACUUUUCAGGAUCCGAGCCGCCCCUCGGUCCACGAAGUUUCCGCCUCUCAUCAUGGCCUUCUCCAGCGUUUGUGGAGCUCUAAUGGCCAAAAUAGCGGUGGUGGCGGUGGAAAUGAAAGCCAAUCACAUAUACCGUCGGCCGUGGUUUCUCCCAAUUCUGGCGGAGGCACAACCACGGACUUUGCCUCCCAAUUAGGGUUCCAAAGACCAGGGUUGGUAUCACCGACGCAACAACAUCAAGGUCUUUCUCUAAGUCUUUCCCCACAACAACAACAACAGAUGAUCAAUUUCAGGUCUUUUCCACUAGACCACCAUGAGAUUUCACCGCAUAACAAUCAUCAAGUUGGAAUAUUAUCAUCACCGUCGCCGCGAACAAAUACUAAUAACGAUCAUAUUCGAGGAUCAGGGGCAUCAUCUUCUUCAUUUUCUAAUGGAAUGAUUGUUGGUUCUAAGUACCUAAAAGCUGCACAAGAGCUUCUUGAUGAAGUUGUUAAUGUUGGAAAAAGUACCAAAGAGGUUGGGGCCAAGGAGAAGGACGAAUUAUUAGAUAAUGAAUUAAUGCCUUUGGGUAGUGAUGUUGCUGCUGCUGCUCCUACUAGUGGUUCAGGUGAAAGUAGCAGCCAGAAAAAUAUUGUUGCUGAGCUUACAACUGUUCAAAGACAAGAACUUCAAAUGAAAAAGGCCAAACUUAUUAGCAUGCUUGAUGAGGUGGAGCAAAGGUAUAGACAGUACCAUCACCAAAUGCAAAUAAUUGUUGCAUCAUUUGAGGAAGCAGCAGGAAUUGGAUCAGCAAAAUCAUACACUCAACUUGCUUUGCAUACAAUUUCGAAGCAAUUUCGUUGCCUAAAAGAUGCUAUAACUGGACAAAUAAAGGCCACAAGCAAAAGCUUAGGAGAAGAAGAAAUUAAUUUGGGAGGUAAAAUUGAAGGAUCAUCAUCUAGGCUAAGAUUUGUGGAUCAUCAUCUUAGGCAGCAACGUGCACUCCAACAGCUAGGAAUGAUGCAACCAAAUGCCUGGAGACCUCAACGAGGUUUGCCAGAAAGAGCUGUCUCACUUCUUCGUGCUUGGCUUUUCGAGCAUUUUCUCCAUCCGUACCCCAAAGAUUCAGAUAAAAUUAUGCUUGCUAAGCAAACAGGGUUAACGAGGAGCCAGGUCUCCAACUGGUUCAUAAAUGCUAGAGUUCGACUAUGGAAGCCAAUGGUGGAGGAAAUGUACUUGGAAGAAGUGAAGAAUAAUCAAGAGCAACAUGGUUUAGAAGAAAACUCAAACAAGAAUGAGCCUAACAAAGAGAUGUGCACAAAAUCAAGUGCUCCACAAGAGACCACUAACCUUAGAAAGGAUAAGCAAAUUAGUAGCAUAUUGCAGGAUGCUUCUCCCACAGAAAUUUCUAGUUCAACUAUUUCAACAUCUCCAACUGGUGGCUCACUUCCAGCUCAAGCUGCAGGUUUCUCCUUCAUUGGCUCACUAAACAUGGAGAACAGUACUUCUGAAAGGAACAACAAAAAGGCAAGAAACGACAUGCAGAAUUCUUCAAGUAGUAUUCUCUCAAUGGAGACGGAAAUGAAAGCCGGAGACAGGAGCAAAGGGGAAAAGUUCAACAGCAACAACAGGCAGGCAAGAGAUCAGAGCUACCCUCUAAUGACUGCCUAUAGUACAAUGGGAGAAUUUGGAAGGUUUAAUCCAGAACAACAAAUGGCCACAAGUUUUCAAGGAAAUGGUGUUUCUCUUACAUUAGGGCUUCCACCUUCUGAAAACUUAGUCCUCUCAGGGAGUCAACACAACUUUUUGCCUAACCAAAACAUUGGGAUUGAAAUGGGAAGAAUUGAAACUCAUUACAAUAGAAUGAGCAAUCCUCAACCUUCUCAUCCAAAUAUAACCUAUGAAAACAUUGAUUUUCAGAGUGGGAAGCGAUACGCGGCUCAACUAUUACCAGAUUUUGUUUCUUGAUACAUAUGAUCUCACUCAUCACUCCCUUCCAAGUCUCCAGAAAAGUUUUGCAGGUAAUAUUGGAAAUAUAUGAAUGCUCUGAACCUCAUUGACAAUGCUAGGGGAAAAAAGUUGGGACAUUAAAGUACAAGAAGUUUGAGGACAUUUUCAAGUACAUCAAGUAUAAAACAAGGGAGUUGAGCUUUAGUCAUAUAUAGGUAAAAUUUAGUUAGUGUAUAGGUUAUACUUCCAGUUUCUAAUGAAGAUACAAUUAUUUUUGUUUUUUCUAUUCAAAUAGCUGGCUAGCUUGGAUUAUUUAAGGAUGUUGCUGCAACAAAUAGAAAAAUCUCAAGGAAUGUAAACUAUAGUAUGUUGUAAAUCUGUGCUUGUAUAUUGUCUUAAUUUGCAUAUAUUUAGAUAAAUUUUGCAUCUA